GAAGGGAAGGGAAGGGAAGGGAAGGGAAGGGAAGGGAAGGGAAGGGAAAGAGUAGGUUGAUGGAUGAGUAGAUGGAUGAAGAAGGGAUGGAGGACAGAAGGAGAAGAGGAGGAUGGAUGAGUGGAAAAGGCAAGGAUGGGUGGAUGGAUGGAGGAAAAGGUAGACAGUUGGAGAGGAGAAGGAUGGAUGAGUGGACGGGUGGAUGGAGAAGAGGAUGGAUGACCAGAGAAUAAAAGAAAAGGAUGGAUGAGUGGUUGGAGCACAGAAGGAUGGAUGGAUGGAGAAGAGAGGUUGCAAGAGGACAAAUCUGUUUGUUUCAUAGCCUGCACUGGUGGCAGGGUGCCAAAUGUGUGCUCUGUGCCAACAGGAGGUGAGCAGGUACCGCCUGGCGCUGAGACGCAUGGCGGGUGACCUUGUGUCCCUGCACCAGCGUGUCACCAGCCUGGAGGUGGAGAAUGGACAUCUACGGCACAGCCUGGCUGGGCGUCAGGAGCCGGGCCGUGUUCUGCUCGCUGAUGGGGACGUGGAUGUCAUGACCCGGGAAGAGAUCCUGGACCGGUUGGCCACCCUGAAGGGAGAACUGGUGUCCAGCACAGCAGAGAUGCGGCAGCUGAGGGAUCGCGUGCAGCGGCUGCAGAAUGAACUGAUCCGGAAGAACGAUCAGGAGAAGGAGUUGGUGCUGCUCCAGCGAGCCCACAGACAGCAGCAAGCUGCCCUGCGGCGGUGCCGGGAGGAGGUGGCCAGAACAAAGGGCCUGGAGGAGAUGGUGAGGCAGCAGGAGAAGGUGAGUCGUGGUGGGCUGGGGACGCAGGUGGGUGCACCGAGCAUUGGGAGCCAAUGGGACCCAUACGGAUGCUUCAGGAGAAGCUCUCCAGGAGUGCUGAGAAGCCAGCAGGUGGGCAUCUGUCCCUUCUGGUCCUUUCGCCCCACAGGGACCAGAGCCUGUGCAGAAGGGAUGGUGGACACCACAUCCCCUGUGACUCCAAAUUUCCAUCCUGCAGGUGAAGCCUCAGCUGGGGAGCUGCACGCCCUGCUGCUGGCUGAGAACCGCCGGCUGCGGGAGGAGCUAUCAAGGCUCCCACGCCCCCCAUUGCCCCCCAGCACCCCACAGCCCCCACAGGACACCUUUGGUGGCACAGAGAAGCUGUCCCUGCUGGCCAAGCUAGAGGAGGCACAAGCUCGUGGGCGAGCAAUGGAGAGGCAGCUGGAGGAGGCAGCAAGGAGAUGGGCACGGGAAAAGCAGGAGCUGGGCACUAGGCUGCUGGAGCAGGACCACGGCUUUGGGGGCUCAGCCUCGCGCCUUCUGCAUGCCACCACCUUGGUGAGCAUCCUGGAGGGAUGGGAAUACCCUGCAAUGGGGCUGGCAGCUGUUGGGAGGAGCCCCACCUCACAUUUUGGGGGGGUUGCCUCAGAUUUCCCAGAAGACAUGGGGAAGGUGAGAACCCCAGAGUAGGUUUGUAGACCUCUGAGAAGUGUUCAUAUCUCCCACCAGAAAUGGCCCCCAGACC